AUAUUGAAACUUUGUGAUAUAAUUAUAAUUUUUUUAAUCUCAAAAAAAAAGAAGAAGAUGUCUUCUAAUUAUAUUUGUUUUUCUGUAAUUCCCUCUCUUUGUUACUGUUAUUUCAUCUCUGCCAAAAUCCCAAAAGGUAUUCCAAGGCUAAUUUCACUUCUCCCCAUUUUUUACCUCUUCACAAUUCUCCCACUGUACUUUUCUUCUGCAUUUCUCACAGCAAUCACCACUUUCUCCAUUACAUGGCUUGCCAUCUUCAAGCUCGUGCUCUUCGCUUUCGAUCAAGGUCCGUUAAUUCACAAUGCAUCCAAUCAAAAAAUCAUAUCACUCCCCGUCUUCAUUUCCAUAGCCGCUCUACCUCUCAGAACCACCUUUACACCGAACCCUAACAGAAAAAACCCGAUGAGUUCAGCUCUACAACUUGUCAUAUUUGCGGUACUCAUGGAGAUUGUUCUUCAUCACAAAAGUGAAAUUCAUCCAAAAUUAGUGUUGAUUUUCUACAGUGUGAUGAUUUUCCUUAUGAUUGAUAUUCUAAUUUCUUUGUCUUCUCUUAUCGUUAAGAAUUUUCUGUGUUUAGAUAUAGAAAUUGAAUCACCAUCGGAUGAACCUUAUUUCUCAACUUCGCUACAGGAUUUUUGGGGAAGAAGAUGGAACCUCACCGUAACACAUACGCUGCGUUUCACGGUAUAUAAUCCGGUGAGGUUAGUGUUGUUGAAUGUGAUUGGUAGGAAGUGGGCCCAACAUAGUGCCUCGCUGGCAACUUUUUUAGUUUCGGGAUUAAUGCAUGAGCUGAUAUUUUACUAUGUUAAUAAUGGUGCGAGACCUUCGGGAGAAAUAACGGGCUUUUUUAUGUUACAUGGGCUUUGUUUAAUGGUGGAGAUUGAGGUAAAGAAGGCUUUGAAGGAUACAUUGCGGUUGCCCGGGCUUGUUUCGGGCCCGUUAGCGGUUGGGUUUGUGGUGGUUACUGCGUUAAGGCUUUUUUUUCCACCAAUAAUUAGAAAUGGUGUAGAUGAAAGUAUACUCGAAGAAGUUGGAUUUUGUUUUGAUUUUCUUAAAGAUAAAAUGCUUCAAUUUGUAAUUUUUGAUAAAAUUUGUAAUUUUGGCUACUAAUGUGAUGUAUCAUUAUUGAUAAAU